AUGUCUGCGAUACUACACGCGCUUGAAGACCGGGUGAAGGACGCCCUAUGGGCCCUCUCCUCCUGCGUCUGCCAACAGUCCGCCAAAGUCAAGAUUAACGGCCGAACGUUCAAAAUCAUCAAGGUGCUCGGUGAAGGCGGUUUCUCCUUUGUGUAUCUGGCCCAGGACGAAAACAGCGGGCGGCAAUUCGCACUCAAGAAAAUACGGUGCCCUACUGGCUCGGAAGGCGUCAAGGAGGCGAUGCGGGAGGUGGAGGCUUACAGGCGGUUCAAACACCCAAAUAUCAUCCGCAUAUUGGACUCCGCUGUUGUUCAGGACCCUGACGGCGAAGGCAAAAUUGUGUACCUAUUCCUGCCCUUGUAUAAGCGGGGCAACAUCCAAGACGCGAUCAACAACCAUGUAGUAAAUGGCACGCACUUCUCCGAGCAAGAAAUGCUGCGACUGUUCAAGGGUACUUGUGAGGCUAUUCGGGCAAUGCACACAUACCGGGCCCCAAUUGGCGCUUCCGUUCCCAACGCGGCAUCUUCCUCUAGAGGCUCGCGUGCCCCCGAGCCAGCCCAGAAUUUGCCGAGGCCCGCCCACCAUGGUGAUGAUGACGACGACGACGAUGAGGAUGACCAUAGCUUCCCGCAGCCAGACGGUGAUGAUGAUGGUGGGUACUCGUAUGAUGGCUCUUCAGUGCCGCUCGUCACGCGGAAACGUGUUGAAGAGCACGGCGACACGGUUUUCGAGGGUGACGAGGAGUUGGGUCGGAUACAAGAACAGCAAAAUCACACUGGAGAGACAGAAGUGGUACCUUACGCCCAUCGAGACUUGAAACCUGGAAACAUCAUGAUUGCUGACGAUGGUGCUCCAAUCCUCAUGGAUUUUGGCAGCGCCAUAAAAGCGCGAAUUCCAAUCCAAAACCGGUCACAAGCGUUGGUCCAACAAGACGUUGCUGCGGAGCAGAGCACCAUGUCCUACCGCGCGCCAGAACUGUACGAUGUCAAGACGGACACCACGCUCGAUGAGAAGGUCGACAUCUGGUCAUUGGGAUGCACACUAUACGCCAUGGCGUACUCCCACUCGCCAUUCGAGGACCCCCAGAUCACAGAACAGGGUGGUAGCAUGGCAAUGGCGGUGUUGAACGCCAAGUAUCGGCAUCCGACCAGCUCCGCAUACUCUCAAGGCUUCAAGGAGUUGGUGGACAGCAUGUUAAAGGCGGACCCUCAAGAACGACCAGAUAUCCACAAGGUUAUUGAGAUGACUGACCAGGUUCUGCGGUCUCUGGCCUAA